AUGGCUUCGCACGGGAAUGCUCUGUCAAAACUACAACCCUCCCAAGUCCGCACAUUGCGAGAAGGCUUUCAGAUCCUCGACCGAGAUAGCGACGGCGUCGUCAAUAGGGAUGAUGUCGCCGACAUGUUAAACCAGCUCGGACUGCCUUCUGGUCCGUCAGACGUCGCCCGGUUCUUCCCACCUUCGGCCCCACAAACAAUGACAAUGCCAUUGUUCCUCAACUCGUUGGCUACCACUCUUGCCGCCAUGUCUCCGAGCCCAGAGCUCCUCUCAGCGUUUUCGGCAUUCGACGUUGAUGAUAGUGGUCAGAUUGAUCUUGCAGAACUACGCGAAGCUCUAUUAAAUACAGCACCUGAGCCUGGAGAACGCCCGCUGACCGAGGCCGAGGUAAACAUGGUCCUCAGCGGCUUCACAGGGCGUAGGGCAUUCAAUCGUCACAUGAACCCAGGGCGUGGUGGGCGAAACGAGGUAUUCAAGUAUCAGGACUUCGUCCACUCGAUAAUGGGAUCCAAUGGAGGCUCGGAGUCUGAGGAGGCAAAGGAGUGA